AUGUUUGAAGUUGUUUCGUCAGCUUCUGCUGCUCCUCAUAAAUGGCAGUCGUUCAUGGAUGAUGAAAAUUAUCUAAUACCCUCUAAGCUUUUUGAUUGGUUCUAUGGCCUGGUAGCGAGAGCAUUAAAAUCACUUAAUUUGAGAGAGGUUACUCUUCAAAGAGCUGGGCCGUCUGCAAACCUCAUAAUAAACAAACCUGGAGUACGAGAAAUGUCAGUGGACCUCGCUCCUACUAUACAGAUGCUUGGCGUACCUCCUGGGAUACAUUUUCCCGAUUCAUGGCCUGACAGAGAAAAGAUGAAGAGUAUACCAGGUGUUAUGAGGUCUAACAGUUUGUGGCAGCUUUGUACAAAGGAGCACAUGGGUGCUGUCUUCAGUGGAAAUCGGCGUUGGUGGCGUAUUUCUACUUCUCCCCUUGAGAAGUAUGUCCUGGAUACCAUUGACCGAGAUGGCGGAGGAGAUAGUUCUGGAGGAGGAUGUCGAAAACAAAUCUUGCGUUUACUAAAGUUAUUACGGGAAGUUGAGGGUUCUAAUUGGUUAGGAAUUAAGUCAUACCACCUUAAGCACCUAGUGAUGUCAGAGUCUUGUCGCCAUGUUGACUGGUCUGUUGGAAAGAUUGAUGUUUGUUUCGUUGGAUGUCUUCGCACUUUAGAGAAUUCUUUGCAGGAACAAAACCUCCGAAAUGUGUUCUUUCCCAAAAUGAAUAUGUUCUCUGAGCUCUCUGUUACCAACAAUUUAGCUUUUCGUGUAAAAAGAAUUGCUAAGAAUAUUGAAAGAGAUCCGAAUGAAGCUAAGAAGUAUUUUGAAAAUUGA